AUGUCUGGGUCGUCAGCCCGAAGCCUGGCGAAAGGCAGCGAGUCCCCGAAACCGGUCCCGGAGGGCCUGAUCCGCGUCUACAGCAUGAGGUUCUGUCCAUUCGCGAAGAGGACUCUCCUGGUCCUGAAAGCCAAGGGAAUCGAGCACGAAGUCAUCAACAUCAACCUGAAAAGUAAGCCUGAGUGGUUCUUUUCAAAGAAUCCCUAUGGGCUGGUACCAGUUUUGGAAAACAGUCAGGGUCAGCUGGUCUACGAAUCUGCCAUCACUUGUGAGUACCUGGAUGAAGCAUAUCCAGGGAAGAAGCUGAUGCCUGAUGACCCCUAUGAGAAAGCUUGCCAAAAGAUGGUCUUUGAGUUGUUUUCUAAGGUACCACCUUUGUUAACAAGCUUUCUUCGAAGGCGAGAUAAAGAAGACUGUUCUGGCCUAAGAGAAGAACUGUGUAAAGAAUUCAGCAAGUUAGAAGAGGUUCUGACCAGGAAGAAAACAGCCUUCUUUGGUGGCAACUCUCUUUCUAUGAUUGAUUACCUAAUCUGGCCAUGGUUUGAACGCCUGGAAGCACUGGAGUUAACUGGGUGUGCAGACCACACUCCAAAACUUACGCUCUGGAUGGCAGCCAUGAGGAAGGAUCCCAGCAUAUCUGCCCUUCACACAGAUGUGAAUGCCCUCCGAGGAUUCUUCGAUCUCUACUUGCAGGACAGCCCCGAGGCCUGUGACUACGGGCUCUGA